AUGCCAGUGGUCAUUGCAGAGGAUGCGAACGAGGAGCAGGCGUUUGAAGAACAGGAGCCGGAGGAGGAGGAAGAGGAGAUUCUUGAAUGGUCCUGGAGCUACGUGGCAAUUUGCAUUUUGAUGCCAUCGCUGAAUGGCUUGAUCAAUGGCUUUAGUUGGUCCGGACUGUCGCUCCACUACAAGGACAUGGGCUGGCCGAUUGCCCGAUCAGGUGUGGGGUGUGCCAUUGGUUUUGCCUUCCGUGCGGUGUUUCAGCAAGUGCAGCUGAGAGCCGGCUUUUGGGUGAUGGUUCCCUUGGGAAUUAUCCACCUCACGGCCGCCAUCCUUGGAAUCUUCUACACCACCGAAGAGUGGGCCGUGAUCGUAGAGAUUGCAUGCUUGCAGUGUUUGGAUUCCGCCAUUACCAUUGAAGGCUUAGCCUUUGAUGUGUUUGGGCUAUCGGAAAACUUGGCCCGCCAGGCCUCUUCUACACUGCUCGCUUGCUUUACGAUCUCAGUGGCAAGUGCCGUUACCAUUGGUGGUGUGAUUUAUGAUCUCGCUGGCUGGCAAGGCAUGUCCACCUUCCAUGCCAUUUGUCAAGCUUGCCUUUUGUUACUUUUCGUGACUCAGCCCAUGUGCCUCCUAUCAUUCAAAGAGUUCUUCUUCCCGCAGCCCGAGGAGCUGGAAGAUGAGGAGGACGAGGAGAUCACCACGGCAGGCUUCACCGGCGUUUUGCCUGUGGAAUCCACUCCCACCAAGAAAGAAGCAGGCCCCGCAGCGCUCGCCGCGGCAGCCGAACUGCCUGGGCAGCCAGAGCCUGUGGUUGAGGACUUGGAGGUGGAGGAGCUUCAAGACAUCCCAUUGCCUCCGCCCGUGCCCCCCAUAGUGGAGACUCCUGGGGCUGGAGCUAGUGCUGCUAGUGCUGCUGGUGCUGGACCAGCCUCUCAAGGUGGAACGGAAAGUGGAACGGCUCGUCCGAAAUUAGCAGGUCUGCGUGGGUCAAUGGCCUCACAGGGUGGCACAGCUCGCGGUUCUAGGGCCCCACGCGGCACCCUGAUGUCCACAGGCGGAGGCCAUCGUGGUACCGUGGCGUCCACAGGCGGAGCCGCUCGUGGCACGGUGGUGUCCGGACGUGGGUCCAUGGCCUCCUUUGCUGGUGCGGCAAGGGAAUCGCAAGUCUCACGUGCCACCAUGCUCAUGAACCGAGCCUCUCAAACGUCCUGGGCUCUGCGACAAUCUCAAGCUUCAGGUGUGUCAGGCGUAGCUCGUCACACCCGCGGAAGCCAGAUGAGCAGAAGCAGUGCUUUCUCCGCCUUGUCCUCCUUCAGCGACAACUUUCAACAUCACUUCGGCGCCAGCAACGUCUUGCGCCCCAGCGUGGCGCAGCGCACCGGCGGUGCAGACCCCGUGCGGCGGCAGAGUGUCCUCACGGCGCUGACCGAGCGCACCGAGGGAACGCAGGAGUCGGAGGGCCGAUCCAUCAUGGGGAAGACCAAGAGUACCAAGGGCGGCCUUCCAAAGGACUUAAGGCUUCCAGCGGCAUUGUUGGUGCUUUGCUGCUUCAACAAUACCUUCAGUUACAACACAGAGUUUGCGACAUUUGCAAUCUUCUUCAAGGAACACCAUGGAUGGAAUUCCGCCACCUUCGCCAGUAUUGCUCAGACCUCAGGGGACCUCAUUGCGGCGGUGAUGAUGAAAAUCUUGGGAGGAAGUGUGGAUGAUGGGGUCGACAGGACUUUCUGGCGAAAUCUAAUCUCGCAGCCCUACAAUCUCUCUUGGCUCCUGGCUUUCUGGAUCCUGUUCAACAUGGGGAUGAUAAGCCCUUUCCUGCCCUUGGCAGUAACAGCCCAAGUCUUCAUGGGAACGGUGUACGUUUAUACCUCCAAAUUCACCACAGACCUCAACCUAUUCUACUCCUUGGGCGACAGUGCAGUAUUCCUAUCUCUUCAAGUCUAUGGUAAGAAUGCCGAUGCCCUCGGUGGCUGUAUCUCGAGCUUUUUGGCCACCUGGCUUUACGAUGAGGUCUCGCCCUUCGCCCCAUUCUUCCUCAGCACUGUGGUCUCCUUCUUGAUCCUCAUCUUCUACACCAUGGGCUUUUGCCGUCGCGUGGGCUUCGGAGAUGACAUCGAGACGGCCGAAGCGAAGCGGGGCCGGAGGCUGGGACUCCGACGUGACAGCAAGUGGAGCGUCCGGGUCACUGUGGUGAGCAACUCGCUGCAGCAAAUCCCGCAGGGUGCUCUCUUAGUGGAGCUGACCCCCGAUGGCAAGGAACGAACGAUGGUGUGGUCUUGGAUGGAAUUCUUUGGCUGCAUCGGCAUUUUGCUGGGACAGGGCUUGCCAACGCUGGGCGAGACGAAUUGUGCUUCAAGCCCCGAAACAGGUUGCUACGAGUACUUCUUCAUCGCUUUGAUCUUGGGAUUUGUUUUUUUGCUCUCGAACCUGAAUUUGGUUUGGCAAGUGAAGGAGCGCCCCGCGAAGACCCUGACCGAUGAGGCCGAGGGCUUCGUGCCGAGCAUCGUGGGAUGUGUCAGCAAUUUUCCUUUUUCCAUUUUGUUGCUCUCUGACGUGGUCGAGGGCUUUGGUGGAAACCUGCCACUGCUGAUUUUGCCCUAUGUGCUGGAUUGGAUCGUGGGGAAGGAAGCGGCAGAGGAGCUCGUGGGAUCAGUUGGAAGGCUCUAUGUCAUUGGAGCCAUGACUCAUAUGGCCAUACGCGUGCCCAUGAACUUCGCUUGGCGCUGGGCAGCUGGCCGAUUUGGGAAGUACUACACCUACAUGGCCUACGAGUUCUUCUACGGCUGCCACAUGUUCCUGUUCCUCAUCCCGGACAAAGGCACCACCGGUGCGAUUCUGGGCAUUAUUCUUUGCGGCACCUGGGGCAUUGCCUAUGCAGGCCACUGGCUUUUGUACGAUCUCGUCUCCGAUGUGGCGGAUUAUGACGAGCUCCUCACCGGCCAGCGCCGAGAGGGUCAGCUCACGAUGGCUCGUGAACUGGUGCCGAAGAUCUGCGAAAUCCCCGCGGACGCCCUGCCGUUCUUGCUCAUGGGUUACUAUGGUUACAACCCUGACCUGGCUGAGCAGAAUGAGUCGGUGAAGUGGGUCAUUCGAGGGUCGAUCUCCGUUCUACCGGGCGCUGCAGGCCUCCUAGGCACUAUGGCCUUGCUUUUCUUUACUUUGCGAAAGAAGGAUCAGCAUGAGAAGAUCAUCCGCGGCAUCCAACAGCACCAAGCUGGGUGUGUAGCGACGGACCCUUUGACUGGCUUGCGGUUGCCACCGAUCAAGCGCGAGGGCGGCACUGUAGAGUUCGAGGGCCAGAAGAUUGGUCGAGAACAGGCCAUUCUUUUGGAUCACUUCUUUGCGUCUGAGAUCAACUGGGCCUUUCAGUCAGGAGACUUGGGCAAGUUGAAAUGGAAGCCGGUGAUCAAUAUUGUGAUUUCAAUCUGUUUGGCAGCGCCUGGCGUUUGGCUUACCAUUGAAGGCUGGCCCGACUUAAGCGAGGGACACAGCUCGGUGACGCCCAUCGGCAUCAUUUUGAUCGGCUUCGCAUUGAUCAUCCUUUUCUUCAGCUCGGCGCGGUUGCGGCAGUACUUCCGGGGGAAGCACCUCCUCUCACUGCAUGACUUGGAGGUUAUGGUCGCCAUCCACAAGAGUCGAAACCGGCUUCCUGGGGGUGAGAAAGCUGUGGAGAAGUGA